AUGAAGGCCUCCCUUUCCAUCGCCGCCGCCCUUGUGCCCCUGGCUGCCACCGCCGCCUGCGGCCUCAAGAAGUUUGACAACCUCGUCACCUUUGGCGACAGCUACACCGAUGAGGGUCGUCUCGGCUACUUCAUCAACCACGGCGGCGAGGCUCCUCCUGCCGGCGAGCUCCUCCCCGAAAGCUCCGGCGCUGCCAGCGGCGGCUUUGCCUGGCCCCGCAUCAUCGCCCAGAAGGCCGGCGUCAAGUCUUUCAACUACGCCCCUUUCCCCUCUGUCCUCGAGUACGAGGUGCCCGCCUUCAAGGCCGAUACCGAGUACCCCCUCUACGACAAUGUCACCGCCGACAACACUGUCUACGCUCUGUGGAUCGGUACCAACGACCUCGGCGCUGACGCCUUCUUGACGGACGACAACAAGGCUGGCACCACCCUCACCACCUACACCGACUGUGUCUUCAACGUCUUCGACAACGUCUAUGAGACUGGCGGACGCCACUUCGUCCUCCUCAACGUUGUGCCCCUCGAGAAGCUCCCCAUGUACGAGCUCCCCGAGCUCGGUGGCACUGGCGAUAACCAGUUCUGGGGAGACAAGACCUCGUACGAUAUCCUCGCCCUCAAGAACAAGAUCCAUCAGUACUCCACUAGCGUCAACUCCAUCUUCAGCUACGGCGCCGCUGCCAACACCGUCCUCAACAACCGAUGGCCCGGCGCCUCCCUGACCGUUUUUGACGUCCACAGCCUCUUCUCCGAGCUCAUCGCCAACCCCACCGAGUACUACGAGUCCCCCGUUGACCCCAUCGGCUACUUCCGCCACUGCGAUCCCGCCACUGGCGCAUGCGUCGACUCCCAGAACGACCCCGACAGCUUCCUCUGGUACGACGAGCUCCACCCUUCGGUCCGCUCCAGCGAGAUCCUUGCUGAGGAGUUCAUCAAGGUUGUCGAGGGUACCUCCAAGUACGCCACGACUUAUGUCUCUAAGAGUGCCGCUUCUAAGAGGAAGUAA